ACGAGCGCAGAAAUAUGUCCUCGCUGGGAGCGGUGCUGAAAGACGGGAUGACCGAGGAGUCGCGGCUGGAGUCUGACAGAGAGAGCUGGAUGAGAGCAGAGCGCAUCAUGGAGAUCUCUGCCGCUGUGGAGGCUCUGAGCUUCAACAGGUGUCGGGCCGCAGCAGUGGAGACCUGGAGGAAAGCCCAGCAGCUGCAGGGGGAGCUGGGAGAGCAGGCGGCGGCAGAGCUCACCCUGCCUGUAGCUGCUCAUUGUGAGGGUUACAGCUUCACCCAGGACGGCCCCUGUCAACCACAGAUGGCCCAGCGGAGGAGGGAAGUGAUGGACAGUCUGAUGUUCAGAGGAGUUUCUGGUACUCUGGGAAACAGACCAGCCGCUGCUCUGGAUUAUUUACCCGCCCUCCGCACCGUCUGCAGAUCAGAGCAGCUGAAGGAGCAGGGCAAGGUUAAACGAAGGUUCCUGCACUACCUGGAGGCGAUCAACCUCGGUCUAGACAAGAGAACUCUGCAGCUCCUGGCUGAAGACUUCCCCUGAACCACUGAGGGGAAAGCUCCAUAUGAAUUGGCUAUUUAAUUGGAACACUUUUGUUUUUUGUGUCUGCCCCUUUGUCUCUUAUGAUUCGGACCUGGUCAGAGGUGUGUGCGCACAAUGGAUGCCGGGUGAGGUUUCCACAUAUGUAUUCCAAGAUGGAAAUGACUGAAUCACUGAAUACAGAACAUGUAUUCUCACCUGAAGGGCGCACAGCUAAAUCACCUCAAAUGUUGUCACAUCUUUAGAAUGCACUAAAGAGUUC